UCUGCAGACCAGGGUGUCUGUCUCAUUGACGAAUUCGACAAGAUGAACGACCAAGACCGCACCAGUAUCCAUGAGGCAAUGGAGCAGCAGAGCAUUUCGAUAUCGAAGGCCGGUCUGGUGACGUCACUGCAGGCGCGCUGCUCCGUCAUUGCGGCCGCCAAUCAAUCGGGGGACGCUACGAUCCCGGAAUGACCUUCUCCGAGAACGUGAACCUAUCCGAGCCAAUCAUGUCGCGUUUCGACAUUCUGUGCGUGGUUCGCGACGAGGUGGACCCCGUGCGCGACGAACAGCUGGCGCGCUUCGUGGUGAACUCUCACAUCCGACACCACCCCAAGCCACCGGCCGACAGUGGUGUCCCCGGACACCAGCUGCUGCCGGCCACGCCCCUCGACGACGAGGAUGCCAAGCCGAUCUGAUACCGCAGGACGUA